AAUUUUAACAUUUUUUUUAGUCAGUAUUGCUCAAUAUUAGAUGAAUCGAUUCUUCUAUCUUCCGACGAUGAUGAUGAUGAUAUUUCAGUUGCAAUUAUGCGCAGCCUGAUGGAUGAAAAACCAACGCUGCCUGCUGCUGAUUUGUUCAGCUCCUUAAGAGCAUCUUUGCCCGAGGGCAACCAAACAACAUUUUUUAAUAUAUGCAGAGCCAGAGUGUGGGAUGGAGCAUUGAGAGAUCUAAGAAGAAAAUCUUUUUCAGCAAGCAAUCCAAUUUCAGUUAAAUUUACAGACUCAAUUGGCCAGACUGAAGGUGCUAUAGACGUAGGUGGGCCCCGAAGGGAAUUUUUUUCACUUGUCCUGAACCAUAUACAACAUAGUAGCCUUUUUGAAGGGCCACCUACCAGCAGAGUCCUUUCACUUGGUGGUCAAGCCAUGGAGAAUGAUCACUAUUACUAUGCUGGACAGCUAAUGGCGAUGUCACUGGUACAUGGUGGACCUUCACCGACAUUUUUAUCCACAACUUUAUACGAGGCCAUAGCCUACGGAUGUGAAAGGUCCACAGCUGGACUUGAUGAUGUCGGUGAUUUAGAUAUAAAGUCUAAAUUAAUGAAGAUUCAAUCAGCCACUUCAUUAGAGGAAUUACAAGGAGCAGCAGAUGAGGCUGAAGAUUUUCUAAGCUUGGCUGGCUUAAUCACCAACAUUAAUUCUGUUGAUAAGAAGAAUCAAUUAGUUUCAAGUGCUGUGAGGUUCUAUGUUUUAGACAGAACUAGAUCAGCCUUUGAAAGAUUACUUUCUGGGCUUGAAACUUUAGGUGUCCUGAACACUAUAAAAGAAAACCCUGUUGCCUGUAGAAAGGCUUUCAUUCACAGUGAGGAAUCAGAGUUGAUUUCAGAAAGAUUAAAGACAAUAUUCCAUGUGGACUUCAGUGAGAAGGGCAGUAAUAAAAGAAGCACUGAAGAAGUUGUGCUGUCACAGUUUUUUGAUUAUCUUAUAGAUGUUGAAGAGGGAGAAACGAAAUGCACAUUACGUGAUAUUUUGGUAUUUACGAGUGGAGCAUCGAGUAUACCAAUUACCAGUUUCACUGAGAUGCCAGAAAUUACAUUCCUGCACAGUGCUGACAAUUAUCCAACAGCCAACACAUGUUCUAUAGUCCUUAGACUUCCAACAGUUCACAAAGAGUAUGAGGCAUUCAAAGAAGCAAUGGAUUUUGCUAUAUUAAAUUCGCAGUCUUUCGGUACAUCAUAGGCAAUAAUCACUCCACAGGGCCACCAACAGUAAUAGCACAUUAUGAUCAAACCGUGCAGUCAGCUAUGUUCGUAUUGUAGUUGAAUUAUUGUAUUGUUAUAGUAAUAACU